GAACAUUUGGAGAAAAUACACUUUUCACCUUUGCUAUACUGCCUAAAAGAUGGCGUUUGAUUGCAUCGAGAAAGUCAUCAAGUUGUUCUUCUUCAACUACGGUGGUUUCAUCGCGAGGCACCCGAUCCCCUUUCUGCUGGUGCCGCCACUGCUGGCCGGGGCACUGGGGGCUGGGAUGGUGUUUCUGACGACCGAGAAUAGUUUGGAGAAUCUGUACACUCCUGACAAUGGACAGGCCAAGACGGACAGAAACACGGUGGACACACUGUUUGGCGAACACGGUGACAAUGACACGUUGGUGUCACAUCUGUCGAAUAUUAGUCGAGAGGGCAGCGUGAUCAUACGCCACAAAGAUGGACAGAACAUCCUGACCCAGGCGGCCAUUGAUGACAUUUUAGAUUUACACGAACAGAUCAUGAACAUCCGCAUUACCCUGGCCAACCAGGAGUACAGAUUCACUGAUCUCUGCGUGAAAUUGGACGGUGUUUGUAACGAGAACCCCAUUCUGGCUGCCUAUGAUUACAACUCGUCUAAGGUUCCGUCGACCACCCUGACAUUUCCCCUCUAUACAUCACCAGCCGAUAACACUGUAACUUAUUUUCUCGGUGGAGGACUAGGCGGAGUGACUUUUGUAACAGGCUCUCAAGAUGAGGUCCUCUCGGCUGAGGCUAUUCAGUUGUCCUACUUCUUACGAUACGAAGACAGCGUGGAGGACCAGCGGAGCGCCUUAUGGGAGGAAAAGUUUCUUGAAGUGGCUGAAGCUUUUACAUCAUCAGUCAUCACAGUAACUCGCGAGGUGUCGAGUUCCAUCGAGACCGAACUAGACGACGCUAGCUCUGGAGUCAUCAAGGAUUUCACAGUGACAUUCACCAUAUUGAUCACGUUCAGCGUGUGCUCGUGUGUGAUGCUAGACUGGGUGCGUAGCAAGCCUUGGUUGGCGAGCUGUGGUGUCCUGUCUGCAGGGCUGGCUGUGUUGUCCGCAUUCGGUCUCAUGAGCUAUAUUGGUGUACCCUACAUUAACGUUGUUGGAUCUUCACCUUUUCUCAUAGUCGGUAUUGGAGUUGAUGAUAUGUUCAUCAUGUUGGCUGCUUGGCGACAGACUGACGUCACAUGGUCAGUGGAACAACGCAUGCGCCAUGCCUUCUCUGAAGCCGCCAUGUCUAUUACCAUCACGUCCAUUACAGACUCUCUAGCCUUGGGAAUUGGCGCUAUUUCGUCCUUCAGAUCCGUCCGUAUAUUCUGUAUGUACACGGGUGUGGCCGUCAUCUUUGACUACGCCUAUCAGAUCACUUUCUUCGGCGCCUGUAUGGUGCUGACUGGUCGUCGCGAGGCAGCUAACCGACACUGUAUGUCUUGCCUCAAAGUCCGACCUAAGAGUGAGUCUACGCCCACAGCCUACAACAUAUUCUGCGCUGGUGGUUCGACCCAGCAACCCACUAACGUGGAGGGUGGUGACACUAACGACCACGCCCUCAUGCUUUUCUUCAAGAAUUACUACGGUCCGUUUAUCACGCGUUGGUGGGUGGUGAUUCCGACAAUAUUACUGUUUCUGGGCUACCUGGGCACCGCAAUCUACGGAUGCACCAUGGUUCGCGAAGGUCUGGAGCUCCGUAACCUUGCCAGGGAUAACUCCUUCGUGGCCGCCCACUUGGAAGCUGAAAGAACUCUGUUUAGUGAGUACGGUCCACCUGUGGCACUGGUAUUCACAGAGCCCAGAGACGUGUGGAAUCCGCUAAUACAGGACCUCAUGGAGGAGACACUUAUAAAGAUGGAAGAGAGUGAGUACACGUACGAUACGGAUCACAAUCUGACCGUGUCCUGGCUGAGGGACUUUCUUGACUUCCUGGACGCAAUCCACUUCAGAAAUCCCACCCAGGCUCAGUUCAUGGAUAUUCUGCUCAACACCUUUCUAGAGAUCCCAGCGUUCCGGAGGUAUAUGAUUGACAUCACCUUCAGUGAUGACAACCGGACCAUUGUGGCGUCGCGAUUCUUUGUUACUUCCAAGAACCUGGACUCAGAGGACAGGAAGAGAUACAUGAUGACAGACUUGCGGCGCAUCGCAGAGGAAGCUGAUCUCCCAGCCAUUGUGUACCAUCCGCUUUUCAUUUUCUAUGAUCAGUACCUGGUGAUCUUAUCUAAUACGUUCCAGAAUAUGGGCAUCGCCACGGGAGCCAUGUUCAUCGUGUCUCUGUUGAUGAUACCUCAUCCAGUAUGCGCCAUCCUUGUCACUCUGUCCAUUGUCUCAAUCGUCACAGGGGUGAUUGGACUCAUGACUCUCUGGCAAGUCAACCUGGACUCCAUCGCCAUGACCAACCUCAUCAUCUGUAUUGGUUUCAGUGUGGACUUUUCAGCCCACAUAUGUUAUGCGUACACAUCGACCAAAACAAACUCCCGUCGUGACAGCGUCAUACAUGCCGUCUACUCCCUUGGGAUGCCGAUCGUUCAAGGAGCUCUCUCCACCAUACUCGGCCUGGUAAUCCUUUAUGUGUCGGACUCUCACAUCUUCCGGACUUUCUCCAAGACCAUGUUUCUCGUGAUCUCCCUUGGGGCGCUACACGGCCUUCUUUUUAUCCCUGUCGGCCUCAUGCUGGCAAUUCCCGUGAAAAUUCGCAACGAGAACGAGAACAACGAGAACGAGAACCAACGAGAUUGUCAUGACUUCCAGGACAGAGGCAUUGUCACUGUGUCUCAGCGCUCACACAACAAGACUAUGUACCCAAUGAAUGGUCUGACAAAUCGCUAUAUGCAUCAGCCAACAUCUGAUGGCCCGUACGUUAAUAGUGGAUACAGAGAUGAUUUUCUGCCCUCACACAUUAAUGAUAGACAAGACGUUCGGCCACAACACAACUGGAUAAGCUUGGAAAUAUCUCAGAGUGGUUACCAUACUUCCCAACUAUAGUUUGGCUCGUGCCAAGUAUAGCCAGGCUAUGGCAAAACAUUUAUUUGGGUCUCACGGUUCCAUCUUCAAGGGCAAUUCAGCAGGUGACUGCUGUGUGACUGCUAUGUUCCGAUACCCCUAUGUCCCGACACCCCUAUGUUCCGACAACCCGCACAUAGAAUUGUGUAACCCUCAGUUAGGGUUA